AUGGCCACCUUCUCAUAUCUGGCCUACUUUCCUGUAAGGUGCUCUUCCAACAGGGAUAGCUACGACCCGAAUAAGCAAAAGCUGAAUAACAUCAAGAUUAAUGGAACUUCUACCAAGUCCACAACCAAGCAGGUUGAGGCUGGAGUGACAACCACUUUCACUUCUGUUGCUUCUGUUACUGCAAAUGGCUACAUGACUGAACAGAAAGUUCGACAGAACAUCCCGACAACGAAGCAGUCUGUCGAUCAUUUUCGACAAGGGAUCGCCGUUGAAGGGGGCGUGGGGUACAGACAGAGGGUUGUUAUUAGGUCCUAUGAGGUCGGUCCUGAUAAAACUGCAACAUUGGAGAGCAUCCUCAAUCUUCUUCAGGAAACAGCUUUGAAUCAUGUGUGGAUGUCUGGACUCCUCAGUGAUGGAUUUGGAGCAACCCAUGGAAUGAUGAAGAAUGAUCUUAUUUGGGUUGUCUCCAGAAUGCAAGUUCAAGUUGAUCAGUAUGCAAUCUGGGGAGAGGUACUGGAAAUUGACACUUGGGUAAGAGCAUCAGGGAAGAAUGGUAUGAAGCGUGACUGGUUAAUCCGAAGCCAAGCCACAGGCCAAGUUUUUGCUCGGGCAACCAGCACCUGGGUGAUGAUGAACCGGAAAACAAGGCGCCUCUCGAAAAUGCCAGAAGAGGUGAGGGCUGAGAUUGCACCUUGGUUUAUAGGGAAACAGGCCAUUGCAGAUGAUGUCCCUGAGAAAAUUGUCAAGUUGGACAACAAGGCUAUGUAUGUGAACAGCAACUUGAAGCCCAAGAGAAGUGAUUUGGACAUGAACCACCAUGUCAACAAUGUGAAGUAUGUUAGAUGGAUGCUUGAGACCAUUCCGGACCAUAUUUUGGAGUCCCACCAACUGUCUGACAUCAUACUAGAAUACAGAAGGGAAUGUGGGAGUUCAGAUAUAGUUCAAUCACUUUGUGAUCCAGAUGAAGAAGGAAUGCUUAUAGAGGGACUGAAACAAGAGAACCGUGACAUGAAUUUAAUGAAUGGGUUUUCUUUGGCAGCUGGAAUUCUUGAGGGUGGUGGGUUCCUAGGGUUUGAGAAGCAGCCAUUGAGGUAUACACAUCUCCUCCAAAUCAAUGGGGAGACUAAAAAUGAAGAGAUAGUUAGAGGAAGAACUACAUGGAAGAAAAAAUCACCCACCACCCCAUUUUCUUCUAUGUAG